AUGCGUUUACCUCACUUUCUCUCUCUUCCUCCCGAUUCUCUCUCUCUCUCCCGCGUCCUUCUUCCUCCUUCUCCGAUUUGCAGACGUGGAGCCGCCGCCACAGACCACGGCCAGCCGCGAGACCGGACCCGAAACAACCGGCCAGACCUCGCCGACGUCCCCCGACCCAUCUCCAGCCAGCCGCCGCCGCCUCGUCGCCGAAAAACGCGAAUUCCAGGCCGACUUUUGUCUGAGCUUCCAGUCGAUCGUUCUCUCUCCUCCGAGCACUAUUUCAGACGGGUAUUUCGACUGCACGCACGCAGCAAGCAGGACCUUCACGUGGUCAGGCAGCGAGGGAAUACUUCCAGUAGUUGCUCUUGGAAGUGCAAGUGGUGUACGAAGCAGAAUCGGUGCAUCUUUCUAAUUAGGAACUAUUAUCUUCUUGAGGAUGUUGCUUUGGAGCCCAAAAAGUUGAAUAAAAUCCCUGUGGGUUUUUCUGGUAAUGCAUCUUCAGCCCCUGUAUCAAGAAAUUGUAAAUGCUCCAGUAAUGUGAUGAUUCAUGCAGUUGACAAAUUCGGGAGCUUCUUAAGGCAAUUUCCUCUUUUUCCAAAUGCUUUUCUGGUUGGUGGUUGGUGCAGAAGACUUCUUUAUUAUUCAACUUGCAGAUCAGGCCCGAGUCAUUGGGUAUUAUUGUUGGAAUUAUUUUCUUGGUCUUGGGAAUCUUAUUCUAGUUUUUCAACUUCACUGCAGAUUCAAAUAGUUAAAACCUCCGCCGAGGACAAGAAAGAACAUAAGCCACCUCUACAGCUGAGCUAACAAGAGAAAGAAUCCCUUCUAACAGAGAUCAAGGCAGAAAAAUCCUCUUCCACGACCCAAUAGCAUAUAUAUAAAGACCUAUUCAAACUCUUUUGAACAAUGAGCAACUCAAUAUUGUCGAUAUUUUGAUGUUUUGACUGCCACUUGAUUUACUAAAAUAUAGUCAGUAUUUUAAUCAUGACAAACAGCAUAAAAAAACAUGUUAUUAUCCUAUUUUUUUGUAACUUAGACGUGCUAAACAAAGCAUGAUGCUACUAUUUAGAU